AUGGACGCCUACCCCGAAGACUACAUCAAUCACAAUCUGCCUCUAAUCCUACUCUCAGGACUGGAGGCAGAUUCUGAAAAUGACACUGAAACAUUCUCAAGCUAUCCUCUGCUACUAGAGAAGGGGACUCAUAUCUUCUCAGAUUUCCCACCUCUGAGCGGGGCUGUUGCGGAGGAGCUCCGGAACAUGAUUCUAGAGGAAGAUAGCUCUCAGAUGCCAUGGAAGUCCAGAGUGACUGUAAGCGGGAAUACUACGAUAGCAAAUAUUGGUUACCGCAUCAAAAGUUCUGGCCGCCUGACCCCCCCUAUCCCCUCACCACCAACUACUCCCAGCGAUGACCAGGACAAUGAACACUCGGAAUCGAGCGCACACUAUGUCCUCCACUCGCCCAUAUCGCCUUUGUCACCGGGUUCCCCAACUUUCCCAGAUGGCUUGCUCACCCCUCUAUGGGUAACCAAACACCAAGAUCUGGUUCCAGCAGCAGUGAUCAAUUUCUUCCCAUUCUCAUUAGACCCGAAUAUGAACUCGCUACGAGACAAUCAGCUCAAGAUCGAGAUCAACAGCUUGAAAAAGGAAUGGCAAUCCUCCGGGUACAAGACGCGAUUUGUGGUCGUUUUGAUAUCAGAAGAGGGAGAAGAAGGCGGAUACGAGGGCGAGAUUGAUGAUCGCAUUGCGGGUAUUCGGCGGGCAACAAACCUUGACUCCAGGUCGAUAUUUGUGAUCCCACCAGACGCGAUUUCCUCGGAACUGCAAGACUUUGUGAAAUCACUCUUCUCUCUACUGCAACCAUCGGUCGUUGAAUACUAUCGGGAUCUGUCCAAGCAUGCCAGGCGCAAACGUAACAGGGGCAGUAUCCCUCCUCCGACUGCACCGCCAACGACCGGAACUUCUCAGACCCUAUCAUCUCAAGGCUGGAACGUACGGUAUGAAUUCAAGCUGGGAAUCCUUGCCGAGUUUCGCCAAGAAAUGGAUGCAGCCUGUCGGAACUAUGAGAGUGCGUAUGAUACUCUAUUUGGACAUGAAGUAUUCGAAAUUAUUGCGGGCUGGAAUCCUCGAUUUAACGAUGCGCGCCUCUUGGCCGACGCCCUUGCCAUUCGGAUUAUACGCUGUCUGUUAUGGACGGCUCAGACGACCGCCGCAGCUCGGUUUUGGGUAGACCACAGAAUCCGUGUAAAGGAUAUUGUCAAUCGCAGAGGAAAGGGCAGUAAACACUACGGAUGGGAGGCCUGGGAGGCGCGCUGGUCGAUGGUAAUGGCACAGCUUAUCCGCCGAGCAGAAAUUCCGUCUCUUUCCAGCGAGAUCUCUUCUGAAAAGCCUGGCGAUCUCUAUACUUUACCCGAGAAAUCGAUUCCAACCGGGGAAAGAAUCAGACCCUGGGAACAUCUCCACCACGAGGGCUACUGGCUGCACCGCUCAGCGAAACAUACAAUGAUCCGACGUGCGCUUGCCCAUGAAAUUCCCAUGGAAGACCGCAAGGCCCCCGGUCAAUCACCCGCCUCACAACUUGCGAACAAAUCCUACUUGUACGACACAUAUCUUGUUCCCGAUACUCAUGUGGAAACACCCCAAGAAGGACGAACUGGCUUCGACCACUCUGGUCUAAUAUUGAACACGCUGAAGGCUGCUAUCGAGGAAUUUGCAAAACGCCACCAAACAAGGAAAGUUGAGAGCUUGAGCCUUGAGGCGGCCGAGGAGUAUAUGCGCAUUCGUUCAUGGUCCGAAGCGCAUAACCUUCUCCAGCCGCUGUGGCCUACUCUUAGCUGGCGCCGCUCAGGGUGGUGGCAUCUGAUGGUGAAUUUCGGAUGGGCACUCAGAGAAUGUGCUCUCAGGGUGCAGGACAGUGAGACAGUCUUGCGAGUGGACUGGGAGCUGCUGAACAAGAAUUUCAAACCAAGACCUGCGUGGCAUUAUGACAUCCACAGGAGUCUUGAAAGUUUACCUUCAGAAAAGCCAAAACCUUCUCUUAUCCUUCGCGCAGAGGAUGUAUUAACAAGUCCCCGAAAUGCAAAGAUUGCACUGACCUCUGUCUUCAAAGUGACCGCAUCAUUGGUGUUCGAGAAAUCCGAUGGCAACGUUGGGGAACCUCUACAGGCUCAACUUUCCAUUACAUCAUGUGCUCAUAAAUCCUCGGCCCCUAUCCGGCUUUCAGAGGUCAAACUGGUUUUCGAAGGAUGUCUUCGCCCAGUAAAGGUUCAAUCUGACCAGAAUCAGGAUGCUGACACCACAACGCCAUGUCGCAUCGCAACUCUUCCACUCCGCGAGCCGAGCAACCCUGAUACCGUUGUCCAAUCCCCAGCCGGUGGACUGACCGCACUGGUGGGUAUAGCAGAUCUGACUCUGGGGCCCUCCCAGACCAAAAUAUUCAACCUCACCUGCAUUCCUCGCGAAGCUGGUGAAGCCAGGGUUGCUUCAGUCACCAUGCUGAUCGAAGAAGAACAAUUUGAUUUGGGCUAUGCGAUCACCGAGCCAGACCAGCGUGAAUCGUUCUGGUGGCAGCAGACGCAAAAGGGCGUGACCCGCAGAAGAGUGGGCAAGGAUCGGGAUACCGGCAGAUGCAAGGUUAUGCCUAAGCCUCCCAAGAUUCGCCUCACAACUCCCAACCUGAAGGAGACCUACUAUACCAAUGAACUGGUGAUGCUUCAGAUUGGUAUACACAAUGAAGAAGACGAAGCUGCCGAUGUAUCUGCUGAAAUCAGACUCUUCGGCACCGAGUCCACAGCUCAACUACAGUGGCUUGACGGCGAUGGCAACUCUGAACCCCUCGAAUCAGGCGCCAGCACCCCGACUGAGGGGCUGUCUCAUUACUUGAAACGAGCUGUGGGUGUUCUGGAGCGCUCUUCGAACAAAACACUUACAAUCGUGCUGGCGGAUACCCGGGAGGCUACGGAUUUCACGUUGGAAGUUUCGGCUGUGUACCAUUUGGUGUCUGAUAUCCAGACACCGAUUAUAAAGAACAUCACCGUGGACCUAACAUUUAUUCGGCCGUUUGAAGCAAACUAUGAAUUCUUGCCUGCAAUUCACCCUCAGCCAUGGCCCAAUUUCUUCGCUGUUAGCGAUAACCUACUCGAGGAUGGCUCUGCGCCAAGUCCUGCAGGCCUGUUCCAGAAGUGGUGCCUUAAUUCCAAGGUGGUUUCCUUUGCAUUGGAGCCGCUGGUAAUCGACAAGAUCUCCCUGAUUCUUCUCGAAGCCAACGGGGGAGCCAUAUGCGAGGUUCACUCGGAAGAGCUUGUCAGUCCAGAAACGGCCCAUCUCGCACCAGAAGAACUGCGCGAGUCCAACUUCUGCCUCGAUAUUCAGAAGCUCAUUCUCGGAGACCGUCGGCCAACGGCACUCACCUGCGCAUUGGAGGUCAAUUGGCGUCGGCAGUCCUCUGAAUCUGCAGCUUUCUCUGACGCAGACAACCCGGUUACAACCACCGUCCUCGAUAUUCCCCGAUUCGUCGUCCCCAUGGGUGAGCCUCGAGUCCUUGCAUCGGCUACCCCAUCCAACAAUAUGCCAGGGUUGAUCCAUAUGGAUUACGUGCUAGAAAACUCCUCCACCCACUUCCUCACCUUCAAUCUGGUCAUGGAAGCCAGCGAGCACUUUGCCUUUAGCGGGCCGAAGACUACCGUUGUGCAGCUUGUGCCGCUGAGUCGUCAUACAGUGAACUUUAAUUUGUUUGCGGCGAAGCGCGGCCUAUGGAUUCAGCCACAGCUGGUGGUUAUUGAUACCUACUUCAACAAAACGCUUCGUGUCCUUCCAACGGGAGAUAUGAAAUCGGACAAGAAGGGGGUUCUGGUAUGGGUUGAUGCCGACGAUUGA